AUGGUCAAUCGCUCAUUCCGAUGUAGUAAACGAAUGUACUGUUCGAUUGACUACAUCGCUAACCGCUUGACCAACAAGGAUGGCACGAGUAUGGUCUAUGCUGCCAACAGAGAGAGAGAUAACAACUUCACAACAGAUAUCGACAUCCAGACGCUGCAGCGGUUCGAUGAAGACGCGUACGUGAUUGUGCGCAAUUACUCCGGAGGUUUCAACUUCUGGUAUUUGUGUCUGUCUCUAAGGCCAAUGCUCGGAGCCGUGAUGCAGAAUCGACAAGCCACGACGACGUCCAGUGGGCCAUAG